AUGGAGUAUUUCUUUAAAGAUCAAGAUCGUAAGCGUAAAGCAGAUGAUCUUGAAGAUAGUGAGGACGCCGAAAAUCAGUCAAAGAAACAGCAAUUGGACGAACAACAAGCGUCUACUCACGAUGACAACCAACAGCAACAAGAAGAAGCGGACGAACAAGUCAUUGCUCAGACAGAACAGGUGGAUGUCUCUCACGAUACUGAUACUGCAAAGGAGUCAACAGAACAGGCAGUAGCAGAACCAUCUUUGAAUGCCAAGACUGAAGAAACGGCUGAAGGAACUGAAUCACAACAACAACAACAACAGUCCACUGAAGUAACAAAGGAAAAUCAAGCUUCUGAUAAUCAGGCCCCUGCUGAAUCAAAGCGUACUGUGGGAUCUACAGUUCCUUUCAACCGAUUAAUUGUUCUCAAUGUGUCUGCUACCUGUGAUGAGAAUGCUGCGAAUCCGUCAGCAGUUCAAGUGACCAAGGAGAAUUCUGAAGUUAUUGAACUUGCUUUUGCCGUGAUCGAUGCAGCAACGAUGCAAGUCGUUCAUACCGAGCAAAUCUAUGUCAAGCCUGAGCAAACGCCGUUGACAGAAUACUGCACGCAAAUCACCGGUAUCACUGCGGAAACGUUGGGUUCGGCCGGUAACUUGCAGAACGCCAUUUCAAAGCUGGACGAAUACAUCCAACAAGAAAUCGAGUCCAAGCAACUGUCGUUCUGUUUUGUCACGCAUGGCGGUUGGACGCUCCGGAUACAAUUACCACGCGAGGCACGUGACAAGGGUAUCGAGCUUCCAUCCUAUCUUUCGUUCUGUCGCAUGUUUGACUUGAAGCAAGAGAUUCAACGCUGGCAAGUCCACCAUCGCGAAGUCAGUCUUCGGUCCAUGGCGUUGAAAGAACUGUGCGAAACUUUCCAUGUUGAUCGUGUUACGGAUAAGUCGGCCGGACUCAAUACGUGCUUGACCACGGUCAAUGUUAUCCGAUAUCUCACUGAUUUCGGCCAUCCUGACGUGUUUGUCCACGCCAUUGACACCAACGCCGAUUUGCAGCAAUUCAAAAAGGAAGAGUCCAAGGUUGUUCAUUUGGCGGGUCUGCCCUUUGAGGUGACGCAGGGUGAAUUGGAGGCCUGGUUCUCAUCCAACGGUUUGCGACCCACAGCAACUUACAUGAUCCAGACAACCGACUUUUCAAAGCCCAACUUGUCCGGCUUUGUUGUUUUCCAUGCACACAACGAUGCCAUGCGUGCAUUGUCCUUGAACGGUCGAUGCUUGGGCGAUCGUGCUGUCGAAGUAUCGCCCAGUAGUGAGCGCGUCAUUGAAGCAGCAGGUAGCAUGCUCGUGCCGUUCCCAGCACAUGCCAAGGCCCGUACGCUUCGUCCGGGCGACUGGAAUUGCCCCAACUGCAGCUUCCACAACUUUGCCUCGCGACGCAACUGCUUCAAGUGCAACACAGAGAACCCUCAAGCUCCUCCUGUGGCCGCGGCACCGCAGCAACAUGGUCAAGGAAUGCCACCACCACCACCAGUCGGCAACACACCGCCAAACUUCACCCCGGGCGAUUGGAUGUGUCCCAACUAUCAAUGCAACUUCCACAACUACGCGUCGCGUGUCCAAUGCUUAAAGUGCGGUACAUAUCGUCCACAGGCAGGCUCUGGCCCACAUCCUCCCCCACCUCCAUCGGGCGGAUAUCAACGACCACCCAUCACUUUUCGACCAGGCGAUUGGUAUUGUCCCAACCCAGCAUGUGGAUUCCAAAAUUUUGCUUCACGGACAGCAUGCUUCCGGUGCCACACGCCCAACCCCAACCCUACACAGCGACCCCCUUAUAACCCUGCUCAACCUGGCUAUGGCUAUGAUUCCAACUAUGGAUAUGGCCAGGGAGGAUACCAACAACAACAACAUCAACAGCAGCCACCCGCCCCUUCAAACAGCUAUGGCUAUGGUCCUCCUAGUGGAAAUAAUGCUCCUUUCAGACCAGGCGAUUGGUAUUGGUAA